GUCUUGGUAUUUCCCAUUCCAAUGAACUCGCCUAAAGUUUGACGAAUCAUAAUUAAACGGAAAAUUUAUAACAUCAUCUGAACUCUUGAUACCUAUCUCACCUCCACGAACUCUCUUUUCCGCUCCACUUGCUACUUUUCCAGCAUGAGUCCCCAUGUUUUCCCCCGCAACCCCGCAUGUUAUCCGAACUUUUCUGCUGAACCAUCUCGUUCUAUCCCCCACUCUUGAUCUUUCGUGCUUCAUAGUUUUUCCGGCCGCUAUUAAUGGUCAGAGUUGCACUGAAAAGCCUCUGAGGCUCAAGGUCGAGGAUGAUACCCAAGAAAUCGGGGACACUGUCGCUCCUAAUGUCCCGAACAAAGGAUGGCACAUUGGGACAGUCCCUGCCGAGUUUUGUGCCGGGAGCCGGACAUCUGAUCGGAACGAGAAGUAUAUAAAGAUGUAAGUUGUUUUGAAGCUCUUUAGUACGGCGUAUCUCCAACUCCACAAUGGUCUCAUCAAGUAUUCUCUUGCUCUCAUUAGCAGCGCCGCUGUGUACCUUCGCCUCCAGCAUCUCUCAAAUCCCAGUCUUUAGAAAUCUCAGAUCACCUCGUCCCAUCACUGCUCAGAGCUCUCCCCCAAGAAACAAAACAUGUCUUGUGAACAGUCACAACGAUUUAGUUUCUGAUGACUCCAAAUACAUCCUCGAGGCUAUUGAGGAUUGUAAUAAUGGCGGCCACGUCAUCUUUUUGGAGAAGUCAUCAUAUGUCAUUGGAACUCCUCUGAACCUCACAUAUCUCUCGUCUGUCGACUUGGAUAUUCAAGGCAGCAUCUCGUUCACAAACGACACGGAUUACUGGCAGAAGAACUCUUUCCGGCUUGUUUUCCAGAACGCUACCAGUUAUUUUCUUCUCGGUGGCAAAGAUGUCAAUGUCUACGGCGGUGGAACUAUCCACGGCAAUGGUCAGACCUGGUGGAAUGCCUUCGCUGCGAAGAAGAGCACGAAUCGCCCUAUCUUAUUUGCAACGGUCGGACUUGAGGGUGGUUCCAUUUCUGACCUAAGUCUCACUGCAUCUCCGUUCUGGCACAACAUUAUUGCGAACUCAAGUGAUGUUGUGUAUACAGACAUGCGUCUGUACUCGGUUUCCAAUAACCAGAAUUUCGAGAAGAAUACUGAUGGGUGGGAUACGUAUCGCUCAACCGGUAUCAUUAUCCAGAAUUCUACGAUUACCAAUGCUGACGACUGCGUCAGCUUCAAGCCCAACAGCACUAAUAUCAUUGUCCGCAACCUGAGCUGCAAUGGUACCCACGGUAUCUCAGUUGGAAGCUUAGGGCAAUAUCCAGAAAGAGUCGACUACGUUGAAAACAUUCUUGUGACCAAUGUAAACAUGUACAAUUCUUCGGAGGGUGCUCGCAUCAAAGUCUGGCCUAACUCUUACGCUGAGAAAUCAGCCGCACUCACCGGUGGCGGGGGACGUGGUCUUGUCCGCAACGUGACAUACGAUGGAAUGUGGCUUGAUAAUGUCGACUACGGUCUCACUAUCACCCAGUGCUAUGGACAGGACAAUGAGACGCUUUGUUUUGAGCAUCCUUCGAAACUGAACAUCCAGGAUGUCACCUUCAGAAAUAUCAGAGGUCGUACAAACAGAGUAUUUGCCCCUAUUGUGGCUCAUCUUGUCUGUUCAAGCAAUGAGACAUGCUCGAAUAUCCGGGCCGAGAAUGUUGACAUUAGAACCAUCAGUGGUGCAAAUCUGGUGACCUGUAGGAACUUGGAUCGGUCGCUCCUAGGCGGUUUGAACUGUACCGAAGAGAGUAAAGGAUAUAAUCCGGCAUAGAAGAAUGGGAACUUAAUGAAUGAUUAUGAAUGUAGAAUUCAGAAGAGUUUAGACUCACUGAUAAACAUGAUAUCGUGCUGGAGUCCUGGCUAUCUUCUGCCGUUCCACCUAGAAAGGGUGAGUAAAUUGCUCGGCUAUGCAUCUUCCUCACUUCAGAC